AUGAAAACCAGCCCAAAACUAUCGAGAAACCUAAAGAGGUGGAACGCCUUGAGGGAUGCUGCAGGGCCUGGCUCAGCCAUAUGGCAUCAGAAGCCCUUGGAAGAGCAGCAGGAAAAACUGGAUCAACUUCAACAUUUCCUGACAAGGCUGAGCCAACCCAAAGAGCAGUUGCCGUUGGCUCAGUGGCUUUCAUCUCACUUCUUUGAAUGUUGCUUUCAGACAACUACAAAAAUUAAAAUGGAUGGAGGAAGAAAAGAAGCUGAAGCACAUGCAAAUCUUUAUUUGGUUGAGGAAGAACAUGGUCAGCUGGAAAAAGGUGCUAAGUAUUAUGAGGCGUUUUAUCAUCUGACAGUAGACCGGAUAUGGAAAGACGAGACAAGCCACUCUCACAACUCACUGGCCUGUGAGAACCUCUGGAGAAUAUAUACUUUGCAAGCAGACAAAAUGCUAGUGAACAAACAAUGCCAAAAGGCCAUCAAAACUCUAGUGAAAGCAUUUGAUUUGGCAAGAGAAGGAGACAAUGAAAAACUGGAAGGGGAAGCAGCUUACCGUUUGGGACUGGCCCAUAUUUCAUCUGUGAAUCCACAUAACAUAUUUAAAUACAUAUUGUACAUGAAAAUUUCAAAAAUGCUGGAAGAUAAUGUGAGCCUUGGAAAAGUAUACAAAGCAAUAGCAAAAGGCCUAGAAAGGUAAGUUAGCCCUCCCAUGUCUUCC